AUGGCCCAGCCUAGCUUCCUCCUCCUCGCCGCAGCGGUGGUCCUCUCGCUGUCACUCUGCGACGCACACAACAAGCUCGCCAAGAAGAGCGAUGAUGUUGUCAACGGCCCCCUCCUCACCUCUAAGCUCAACGCCAAGCGCACGCUGAUCGUCGGCCCCAACGACGAGUUCAAGACCAUCCAGUCUGCCAUCGAUGCGGUGCCGGACGGCAACUCCGAGUGGGUUGUCGUCCACCUCCGCGCCGGCGUCUACGCGGAGAAAGUCGUGAUUCCGGAGACGAAGCCGUUCAUCUUCGUGAGGGGAAACGGCAAGGGCCGGACGUCCAUCUCCUACGAGUCAGCCUCCCCGCACAACACCGAGUCGGCCACGUUCGCCGUGCACGCAGACAAUGUCAUCGUCUUUGGCAUUAGCUUCAGGAACGCGGCGCGCGCGGGCCUGCCGAACAACCCGGAGAUCCGCACUGUGGCCACCAUGGUCAAUGGCGACAAGGUGGCCUUCUACCAUUGCGCCUUCUACAGUCCCCACCACACCCUCUUCGAUAGUACUGGUCGCCACUACUACGAGAGCUGCUACAUCCAGGGCAACAUCGACUUCAUCUUUGGCGGUGGCCAGUCCAUAUUCCAGUGCGCGGAGAUCUUCGUGAAGCCCGACCGGCGGACGCCGAUCCUGGGGUCCAUCACCGCGCAAGACCGCAAGGAGGAGAGCGGCAGCAGCGGCUUCGUCUUCCUCAAGGGGAAGGUGUACGGUGUUGGGGAGGUGUACCUAGGCCGCGCCAACGAGGCCUACUCGCGCGUCGUCUUCGCCGACACCUACCUCUCCAAGACUGUCAACCCUGCCGGGUGGACCAACUACAACUUCUCUGGCAGCACCGAACAUGUGAUGCUCGGGGAGUUCAACUGCACGGGGCCAGGGGCCGACGCGUCGCAGCGUGUGCCAUGGUCGCGACGGUUAGACGAGGCGCAGGCAGCCAAGUUCCUCACCGUCGACUUCAUCAACGGCAAGGACUGGCUCCCAGCAUUCUACUACUGA